AUGGAAGAUAAAUUUAUAGAGAGACCAUUACGAAAAAAUUAUGAUUCCAUAGAAGUGCUAGAAUCAAUUAAAGCAAUAGCUGAUGAGAUAUCGAUGAUAGCUGAUAAGGAAGAUGAUGAUAUUUUCUUCCAGGAGCUUCCUUCACAUCCUCUAAAACCAAAACUCAACACCCAUAAAGAAUCUUCUCAAUUUUACUCAAUAAUAGACCAAAACACCUUAGAAACAGCUUCUCCAGAUGUCCCCAGGAAGAUAAUUCAGAAGAAGCAGAAAUAAGCUUAAAAAGAGCUUCAAAUAUGAAAUCCCAGCUAGAAAAUCCAAGAAAGUUGAAAAGGGGCCUCAGACACCUUCUGAGCUAAAAUACGCUCAAUUCUGAGAUUCUGGAAAAGUAUAUGACCGUUUGUUCAGCGACAGCAUGAGGCUUGACAAAGUAAUGAUGAACAAGUCGAACUAUUACAAAGAACAAGAGGACCAGGAGAUAAAAGAUAAGCCUGAAAUCUACUGAAACCCUGAAUACGAAGACAGAGCCUUUAGGAAUCUGUACAAAAUGACUCACCUCAGACAAGAAAGGUUAAAGGAAUGGGAAAAGGAGAGACUCGCCAAAGAGAAAGAAAAGGAAGAGCAAGAGCUUAAAGAAAUGGAAAAAUACCAAAUAAAAGGAAAAAUUUCUGUUGGAAAAUUCAAUCAGAAGUAUGAGCAGCAUAUUAAGAGGUACCAAAACAAAAUACAGGAGAAUACUGAGAUCAGAGAGCAGAAUGAAGUAGGAGAUCACACCUUUAAGCCCAAGAUCAAGAAGUAUAAAGUCAAAGGGUCUAAAACUACCAGAGUCAAAAGGAAGAAUUAUUGGAAAAAUGAAUGCACCUUCAAACCCCAGAUCAACAAGAAAAUGAAAGCUACUUCCAGAAACAAGUCAAAGAAAAUGAAGGGAGUCACUCAAAUAGAGAUGAAAAAGACCGAAGACUAUCUCCCAAAAGAAAUUCUUUUAGCCUUCCAAAGCAGGUCCAAAGACUCAUCUAGUUUCACCCAAAACGAGAGCCGUAUAAACCUCGAUAUCUCCAACAGCCCUCACUCCAAAGACCCUCUCCCACCAGCCGCCACAGACCCACUCACCUCAGACCCUUCCAAGCCCACUAGUGGUCCUCUAGAAGCUUUUGAGCCCUCUCCUGAUUUCAAAAGAACCAAUACAGUAGAGCCUUCCAAUUUCCCUUUGAACGAGGACAUCCAGGUGACUCCUCCAAAAUCUCCGUAGCCACAAAACUGAGGAAGCUAUUGAUGGUAUUCAAUUUUU